AUGACGGGCAUCCUUGCUCCCGUCACAUCAGCAUUUGGCAUGCCACUACCUUCAAAGAAUCGUCUAAAAGGAUCCUCGGCCACCACAAAUUCUUCCUCAACUCCCCCUUCGCCUACUACUUCUACCUUUUCUUCCCCUUCUAUCUCUUCACCUAAAACUCCUUCACGUUUAAUCACUUCCUUCACUCCAGCCCCGGUGCAGGUCCCCUCAUCGCCCCCACUAUCUGCCGUCUCAAUAGACUCGGUCCUCUCACAAGCCAAAGCCAAAAGUCUGACAUCAUCAGCGACGUCGCUCGAUAUGGCGAGCCCGGAGACCAGCCGGCCUGCUUCAGCAGUGCUUAGCAUUGACACAAGACCAUCCGCUGCUAUUUUGAGUUCGGCUUUCUCAUCGCCUCGUUCCGCGUCUCCCUCUAGAACUAUUCGCGAAACCAUGCGCGAUAGCGCCGUUGAACUGCGCAAUUCUGCUCGAUCUAGUAUGGAUGGCACAACCACCACUACCAACGGCGCUGUUGUUCCCAGCAGCCGCACUUCUCUCGACAGCGGUCGAACAAGCAUGAGCUCUGACUGGCCUGUUCACCCUGGCGAAAUCAACACUAUUGCACAGCUCGAUACUUUGCCCAUUGGCACCGAAGUCACUUUCCGAGCCCGUAUCGAGACUCAGCGACCUAUUUCAAAGGUUCUCGACUUCCUCCUCCUCCGCGACCAGACACAUUCCGUUCAGGGUGUUCUCGCCCGUGAUGCCAGUAAUGCCGACUUUAUCACAUGGGUACGAAAGAUCAACCCCGAAUCUCUUGUCCAGAUCACUGGUAUCCUCAAGAGCCCUCCCGAGCCGAUUCGAUCGGCUACACACUCCAAUGUUGAGGUCGACGUCGGGUCUGUUCACCUCGUCAACCCCGCUCAGAACCUCCCCUUUAGCAACUACAAGCCCCCGGAGACCCUGCGCAACCGCAUGAACGCCCGAAUUCUCGAUCUCCGACACCCUUCCAACCAGGCGCUUUUCCGUGUGCGCUCAAUGGUCUCCCGCAUCUUCCGAAACACCCUCGAAGAGCAAGGCUUUGUUGAGAUCAAUACCCCUAAGCUUCAGCCUGCCGCCACUGAAAGUGGUGCUGCUGUCUUCGCCGUAAACUACUUCGGUCGUCGUGCUUUCCUCGCCCAGAGUCCUCAGCUCGCCAAGCAAGAGGCUAUCUCUGCCGACUUCGGUCGCGUUUUCGAGAUUGGCCCUGUCUUCCGUGCCGAGAACUCCAAUACUCACCGUCACUUGACGGAAUACACUGGCCUCGAUCUUGAGAUGGCCAUUGACACCGACUAUCAUGAGGUCAUCCAAUUCAUCGACAUAUUCCUCAAGGAAGUCUUCAGGACCGUUUAUGCCUCACGAGAGCUCGAGGUCAUUCGCAAGAGAUGGCCUAGUGGUGAGUUCAAGUGGCUAGAGGAAACCCCCAUCAUCCCCUUCAGCGAAGGUAUCCAGAUGCUCCGUGAUGACGGACGUGACGUCGAGGAGGAGGAUCUGUCGACUCCCGACGAGAUGAGACUUGGCCAGCUUGUGCGCGAGAAGUACGGUACAGACUACUACGUCCUCGACAAGUUCCCUGCCAACGCUCGCCCCUUCUACACUGCCAAGGACCCCGAAGAUCCCAAGUGGACUCGGUCUUUCGAUAUCUUCAUUCGAGGCCAGGAGAUUUGCUCCGGUGGUCAACGUAUCCACAACGUCGAUGAGCUGCGCGCCAACAUGGCUGCCGCUGGCAUGGCCGAGGAUGGUAUGGAGGAUUACCUUACUGCCUUUGAGCUAGGUGCUCCGCCCCAUGCUGGUGCUGGUCUUGGUCUUGAGCGAAUCGUGGCUUGGAUGCUUGAGCUUGGUGAUGUUCGAUAUGCAUCUCUAUUUCACCGUGAUCCCAAAUCUCUUCCUACUAAGGCACCUGGUUUGCCUCACCCUGAGGCUGAUACUACCAAGCCUCACCACGCCGACUCUCCUCCUCCCAUCGAGAAACUCAUUGCCAACUACGGUGAUGCUACCAACACCUCCUGGCUCGAUGAUCGUUUCCAGAUUUGGCGACACUCCACGGGUGCCGCUGUUGGAUGGGUCCAACGCGAGAAGUUUGCUAUGAUCACUGGUGAUCCUCUCUGCGACCGCAGCCAGUACACUCAAGUCAUCCGCGACUUUAUCCACUACAUUACUGUGGACCUCCGAUUGACACCUUUCUGGAUGCUGGUUUCUUAUGAGGUCCAGAAGAUUCUUGCCUCUGAACUUCGCUGGCGAAGCUUGUCUUGCACCGAGGAGCAGCGUGUCGACGCUGAUAAGCAUAACAGCGCCCAGAUCGAUGGCCUUGCUGCCAAGGCUCGCCGCGUUGAACGUGAGGGUGUCAAGAUCCAUGAGGUUAAGCCCGACGAAGACUUCAUCUCUCGUGCUAACCCCGCCAUCGAAGCAUGGAAGGGCACUCGCAAGGGCAAACAGGUCCACCUUACUGAGGUCCGCCCCUGGAUCGACCAGGAGCACCGCCGAUACUUUGCUGCCGAGAAGGAUGGCAAGGUCAUCUCCAUGGUCGUUUUGGCCAAGCUUGCUCCUCGCCACGGCUGGCAGGUCAAGUGGGCUCUGGACUUCCCUGGUGCCGUUAACGGCGCCAUCGAGGUGCUUGUGAGCUUUGCUCUUCAAAACGUCAGCGGAAAGGUUACCUUUGGCGCUGGUGUUUCCGAGAAGCUUACCCCUGGCGAGCACGUUGGCGGUAUUCGUGCCAAGUUCCUCAGUGCCAGCUACCGAUCCAUCGUCGACAGUCUCGGCCUCCGUCGCAAGGCAUCAUUCCGAUCCAAGUUCGGUGCCCUCGGCGAGGAAAUCUACAUCUGCUACCCCAAGCACGGUGUCGGCCUGCGCGAUCUACAGAACGUCAUCAAGUUCUUCACCGACUAA